CGCUUCACUGUCCGACCUGCUCCGGUAGGGUGACAGCACAGAUCCUGUCUGAAGACAGGACGGCGAGCAACCGCAUUUAUACCAGCUAUUUAGAGGUUUUCCUCCAGAAAAAGGGAAAACUGGACGCAAAAGGCACAGAAGCAGCACAAUAUAGGUUUUACACGAAAUGCUGCGAGCCGCAACAGUUUUGUCCGCUUACAGCUUCUUACUUGAAGCUGAGAAAGUCGCUCAAACGUAGCGAACAUCGCUGUUUUUGUUUACAACUUUGGGUGAAUUCAGUUUUUUUCUCUCGGGCAUUAUCACGAGGGGACGUUACUUCCUCACUGGAUUAGCAGUAAGUCAUUUAAUGAGGUCUGUGUGCUGAUAUUAGUCGUUUCUGACUGGGCAUGUGAAAAGUGCUCUGUUGCUCUUCUGUAAGUGCAUGUUCAGGGUUAGUUAUUUAUCAACGACACUGGUGUGAAUUAAAUGAGACGUUCUCUUGUGGACAUUUCCCAAUACAGACAACAGAGCAUAAAACUAAAAAAGAAGAAAGUGACAGCACCAUAACUGUAAGAACUUAAGGACCCGUGCUCAGACAGGGUCAAGACCACUCAAAAAGGACCAUUGAAAUGUAACUGAGUGUGUGAGGGAUCACUUUUUCAGGAUGCAAGUGCACCUUUGAAGACUGCCUCAGCUCAGAAAACUGGUUGAACUGGGCUUAUAGCGUAUAAACGGACAUCACUGUGAGUUAAAGACAAGUCCUAGUUACGUGCUUCACCGUGGGGACUGAACCACAACAAACAACGACCGGUUUCCCUGAACAAUACCCGGACAAUGGCCCCCACCUCACGGGACAGCUGCUUCUGGUUGCUCUGGAGACGGACCCUGCUCGCGCUGUGGCUGUGUGCGGUCGGUGCGCGUGGAGCGGAAGAUGAGAGCUCCUUCAACGCGGAGUCAUGGCUGAGGAUGUACGGUUACUUGCCGCAGGCCAGCCGGCAAAUGUCCACCAUGCGAUCUGCUCAGAUCCUGUCCAACGCUGUCAGCGACAUGCAGCGAUUCUACAGCCUGGAGGUCACCGGACAGAUGGAUCUUCAAACCAUCAGGGCCAUGAAGAGACCCCGCUGUGGUGUGCCUGACAAGUUUGGAGGGCAGAUCAAAACCAACGUUCGGCGGAAACGCUACGCACUCACUGGACAUAAGUGGAACAAGAGCCAUCUCACUUACAGUAUUCAGAACUACACUCCUAAAAUUGGAGAGUAUAACUCGUAUGAGGCCAUCCGGAGAGCCUUUAAAGUCUGGGAGAGCGUCACCCCGCUGACCUUUGAUGAAAUCCCCUACCAGGAAAUCAAAUAUGGGCGCCGCAAGGAACCCGACAUCAUGAUCUUCUUUGCUUCUGGUUUUCAUGGAGAUAGCUCUCCUUUUGAUGGGGAGGGGGGCUUCCUCGCUCACGCCUACUUCCCCGGACCUGGGAUGGGUGGGGACACACAUUUUGACUCUGAUGAACCGUGGACCAUCGGAAACCACAAUGUACAAGGUAAUGACCUCUUCCUGGUGGCCAUCCACGAGCUGGGACACGCCCUGGGUUUAGAGCACUCCAACAACCCCCUGGCCAUCAUGGCUCCCUUCUACCAAUGGAUGGAGACAGAAAACUUCCAGCUGCCUGAGGAUGACCGGCGAGGCAUACAACAGAUCUAUGGUCAGCCAGAUGGCAGCCCCACCCAGGCCCUGCCUACAGUGUCACCCCGUCGGCCCGAGCCCAGGCCACCCCAGCCACCCCCUCGAAACCCCGACCGCCCCAGGACUACUGACAGACCAGAUCACUAUGGGCCCAAUAUCUGUGAAGGGAACUUUGACACGGUUGCGAUGCUGCGAGGAGAGAUGUUUGUUUUCAAGGGCCGUUGGUUCUGGAGGGUACGUAAUAACAGGGUUCUGGAUAACUACCCCAUGCCCAUUGGUCACUUCUGGAGGGGUCUGCCUGGAGACAUCGAUGCUGCGUAUGAGAGAAGUGACGGCAGGUUCGUCUUUUUUAAAGGAAGCAGAUUCUGGCUUUUCAGGGAGGCAAACCUUGAGCCGGGCUACCCACAAGAGCUGGUUGAAUAUGGUCAAGACAUUCCAUACGACCGAAUAGACACAGCCAUCUGGUGGGAGCCAACCGGUUUCACUUACUUCUUCCAAGGAGAUCAGUACUGGCGCUUCAACGAGCAGUCCCGCUUGGUAGACAGAGGAUACCCGAAGUCAAUCAGCGUCUGGGGAUCCUCAGUGCCUUCCACUCCCAAGGGGGCCUUUCUCAACGAUGAUGGGGCAUACACUGUCUUCUACAAGGGUUCCAAGUACUGGAAGUUUGACAACCACCGUAUGAAGAGUGAAGCGGGUUACCCCAAGUCCAUCCUGAGAGAUUACAUGGGCUGCAGCGUGGACCUGGAUCCAGACAGAGACACAGACUCUGGCCGCAGAUACCCAGAUGUAAACCGUCCGCCGUUUAAUCCGGAUGCAGGACGUGAUGGAGACAAAGGCCGCGACCGAGACGGGACAGAUCGUGAAGAAGCCGACAGAGACACCGGCAAAGGCUCGGACAGCGACAAAGACGAAGACUAUCGGGAGGGCCGAGAAGAAGACACCAACGAGGUGGACGUGGUGCUAAAGGUAGAUGACAGCGAGGAGAGGACCAUGAACAUUCUGAUGGUCACCAUCCCGUUGGUCCUGGUGCUGUGCAUCCUGGGACUGAUCUACGCCAUCAUCAACACGCUGCAGAGCAAAGGUGCUCCACGGCUGCUGGUGCACUGCAAGCGCUCGCUGCAGGACUGGGUCUGACCCUUGACACGAGGAGACGGUGGACUUUGAACUUGAAUUGGACUUUAGAUACCUCCCCCUCCUCUAAUCCAAAACCUCCUCCAGUGAUCCAUCGGUCUCACGUCUCUGUGCUCAGUGGCAAUCGCAGCUCUAAGAACAUGUGGUAGUCGAUCCAUGCAGAUACUGUACUGACACAUCAGCACACACAAACUAAAAGCAAACAUGAAUUGUGUCUUACAUUUACACCCACCUGGACACACACAUCACCUCUCGCCUCCCAUGGUGCUCUACGAAGCAGGGACUGUAGUCUAUUUAUAUGAGAGAACUUUGCACAUUGUUUUUUUCCUUCUUCUCUUUUUAAUGUUGUUUUGUUUUGGUUCAUUCUGUGUGACUUUUUUUUGUUGUUAUUGUUAUUGUUUCUAAGCAGGAAGGCCGCUCUAUUCUCUCUCUCUCGUCUCUGCUCGCCCUCCCCUUCCCCUGAUCUCAGCAGGGGGGGUUUCUGAUAACUUGACAUCUGCUCAUAUCAUCUUUCUUGUCACAAAAGGAAGAAAUGCAAACAGUUAGAAGAGAUUUGCUUUCCACUGAGUGCUGGUCUCUGCUUCAUCUUUUAUUCUUUUCCCCCUCUGUAUGACGUGUCAGUGACAGGCAGGUGGGUUGCAACAGAUAUUUGACUGUAGUUUACAUCGAAGACUUGCUAUAUGCCCACAUUUUAUUCUCCUGUUAUGGUGUGAUUGGCACUCCAAAGGUUGAUGCAGAGCUAAUUUUGUUUAUAACUAAACUUAUAUUUUUGGCCAUUUACGGUCCUGUGCAAAAGAUUAAUUUAUAUUUUGCUUCCAAGGAUUUGCUGAGAUCUGGGCUGUUAACACUGCAUGCAUCUUUGGGGAGUUCAGUUUCAGUUUUACCAUCACAUAAAAUGAUGAACUUGAUAAUCUGGUUAUUUAAAAGAACAAGCAGAAGCCAAGAUGUAGGUCAAGAUGAAAAUCAUGACACGAAGAACAUCACUCAUGUCUGGAUUUGAACUUAGCUUAUCACAGCGAGACUGGAAGCAGCUGCAAGCAUCUCUCAUUUUAGCUGUAAACACGUCACACCUUGUUUGUUGUAAUCAUGCAGAAUUGUGGUACAGUUCAGACUUUUGAAGAGGCACAUUUGUAAAGCCCCGUUCAGCAUCAGCAGUCACAUUUUAUGAGUACAAGCUUAACAUAGAAAUCAAUGCUUUGAAAACAAGAUCCAGGAUGUAAUAAAUUCUAAUUCUUCUCAUUACUCAGACAAGUAAAGCCUUAUUUUCCUUCUUUACCUUGUGCUCACACAGCUGAACCUUCUUUCUUUACCUUAUUAGGAAUCUCUAUUAGGAAAGGGUAAACAGACUUUAAAGGGGACCUCUUCCCCUUGCUUCUUAGUUAUGGAGUUAAUACUUAACGUGCCUCUUUUCUGUCAACACGGAAACCUCUUUGUUCUGCAGAGGUGAUGGUCCAGUGCUUAAUGUAAAAAGCCAGUUCACCGUGAAAGUACCCAGGAAAGGGAGCAUUUAUUGUUCCUGUAACAAAGCAAAGGGUUCACCUAAUGUCCUGUGUACUUUCCAAAAGGCUGUCGAAUGCUAUAUUUUUCUUUUAAAAAGACAAUUUAGGAAACCCUUGUGACAACUUGUGCUCUCAUUGCUGGAAAGUUGGGGUAUCUGUAGGCACCAGGGUGGGCUCAGGCCACUCAUGCUCAUGUGAGCAAAGUCUAAUCCUCUUUAUCAAAAACAGCAGGUGUGUGCAAAUGCUGUUAACCCCAGAGACCUCUUACCGAAACCUUUAACACCCCAAAUCAAAACGGCCUCCACUCCUCUUUCAUCUUUCCAGAACAAAGGAAGAGGGGGAGCCUGGAAAAAUGGCUUUCUUAACCAGUCAUACUCUAUUUACUCCAACUCAUUCAUUUAGUUAUAAACUUUUCUAUAGUUUAAAUACAUUCAGUUUGUAAGAAUAUCACAACAUAUUGUAACUUUUACUGACAAAAAUGAAAAUCAGUAGCUUUCAUAUUACACUGGAAAUUUAAAAAAAAGAAAAGAAAAGGAUUUUAAAAUAGGGAGUAAACUGGGGUUAAAGUUAGCAAAACCAGGGGAACUGUCUUAUUAAAAGUAGGAUUUUAGCUUGUUUUAGUCAUCUAAAAACUAAAAUAACUUAAGUUUGACUUUAAAUCUGAGUGGUAGGAAGGCUUAUCUGAGUCAGCGUUAAAUAGUAAGCUGCCAGUCUGCCCAUGGGGGAAGGUUCAGGUUACGCAGAGAUGGACGGAGAGGGGGUGAGGAGAUCCUAAAUUUCCUGCAGCUGAAAUAAGGAAAAGGGGGGGAGGGGACCUCAUCGGUGUCCUUCCCAUCCGUCUUUAUGAGUUUGGACCUCAUAAGGAGGGGUGGGAAGGAGAAAAGGCAGAUAGAGAGACCUGGCAAACGCUCAUAUGACCCAAAUUUUCUUGCUAAGCUCAACAGCAGCUCUGACCAAGAAGGAAACUUUAGCUUACGGCAGGCGACAGAUCAGUGGUAAGAUGGCUUGAUGAAGUGCAGCUCGUUACCUGCUGGCACACCUGCAUACUGAGAGCAUUUAAGAUUCACCUCCUCCUCUUUUGGGGCUUUUACGCGGUUUGUUGACAGACCGCCACAAUAUAGUGUUAGACCUCCUAUGAAGGUGAAGACAGGUGGAGGCAGAUGGAGUUAACAGGAAACUCGUAGUGAAAGCAAGAGAAAGAAAAGCAGAAUCAGCCUUCACCAGAAGUCUGACGAUUGAUCUGAGGCAGGUCGAUCACAGUUGCUAGGAAACGGUGUCCUGUGUCCAUCACUCACCUCAUCAUCAUUGAGGUUUCGCGGGUGGGGGUUGGCGGACACAGCUAAUCAGCGUUAAAAGCAACCCCCGCCCUCGUCUCCACUGUCCUCCCCUGUCCUGUGCUUUCAUUGGUCCAACAGGCGCAUCAGCAAGCGCUCAGACAGCCGAGCGUCUGGACAAGCUGAGAAACUGCAGACUCACCCUGCUGAUGUUAAGCGGAGUUCUUCUUGAUCUCUGAAACCGCCACACAACAAUUUCAAAGCUGAGAGGAAUCAGAGCCUAACCUGAGUUUACCGAGCAGGAAAUCAUGUUGUUUUAGAGGUUUCCCUGAAUUUGACCCUACUUACUGUGUCAAGACGAAUGGAAGAGAAGUAUGGAAAGGUCAGGAGAGAAAUCUGUCAAUGCUGACUGAUAAGUGUUUUAGUGUGUAUGUGUGUGUUGGUGUUCAGUUAAUCAGCUCUACUCUCCAUCAGCGAGGUCUGUUCUCUGAUUGUAAAUCUCCAUCUCCACCUCUCUGCAUUCUCAGCCUGGCCCGAGGGGAUCGUAAUAACAACAAUGGCCUCUUCUCUUCCACUCUUUCUCCUCCCGCUAUUUUCUCUCUCUCUAAUAUAUACUCACACAAACACAUUAUUGUCUCCCUGAGCCCCACCCCACCACACCACCCCUCCUCCCGUUAGGGAAACUAGUCUAGGCCAAGGUCCAGCCUCACACAGCAGAGCCUCUCUUUAGAUCCUCCUCCUUCAGCUGUGGAGGGAUUUGUUUAAAGAAGCAAAACAAAACCCACAAUACCUGUCAGAUUCUUUCUAUGAGUUGAGUGCAGACUCAGGAACAGGAUGUGAUGGUCAGAUUUCAUGUUUUUAUGCUCAUUUUGAGGUAUAGGCUCUUGAUGCGAGUGUAGGUAAAGUUAGGACAUGUAGAGCUUGUCUGAGCUCUUGUUUCCCUCAGGAGGAGUUUCUAUAAACACAGCAUGCUCAGCGUUCCUGAAUUAACCCUGAUGUUUUAGCUGGGGCUCUUUACCAACCUCUUUUCUCUGUUUUUUGUUUUAUUUUUUUUUAUGUGCACCUCUGUUAAAAUCUCAUUCAGAAGGCAGGUAUUCAGGUCUGCUUUCCACACCCUGUCAUGUUUCCCUGUUCUUUGAAAUGACUGCAGACUUCAGGAAGUCCUCAUCAGAGCUUUGUGGACACCAAACUCUACAAGGAAACAAGAGAAUAAUCCAAAAUGGACUGAAAAGGAUUUUUAAAAAUGAUUGAAUAUGACAGGAUGUGUUUGAACGGAUUCAAGAUGUGGCCCAAGAUGACUUAAGCUGAGGGACUCCGGAUCAUACUGAUGCUUCUUUUUUCCCCAGAAUGCAUCUCACUGAGUCCAUCCACUUUAAAACCACUUCAGUUUAAAUCACCUCUUGACUCUCUCACGAUGGGAAUGGGGAAAAAAAAUGGCUGACAAAAGACUUUCAGCACCUGAGUCGUGACUUGAUGAGUGCAGCGGAUCAGCACUCCUUGUACUUCAGAUAGACGUUGAAACUGUCGAUCAGGCUACUUUAAAAAGCGCCUCCAUCCUCUAGUUGCAGCUACAGUAGAGAUUAGAGUUUGAUGGAUUCAGUCAGCUUUGAACUGACCAUCUCUAGUGGAACUGGACUUUUCACGUUUGGCCGUUUUAAAACUCUUUCGUCGUUACUACCUGAGUAAUGGUUCAAUCAUUUUCUGGAAAAAAAAACUAAACAGCAUCAUCCCUACCUGGGACUAGAUGAAAAAUAGCAGCAGCUAAAUGUGCUCAUUGUCUGAUUUAGAUUUUUUUUUUUUUUGUACUUUUUUUUCUCUCUCAAACUUGACCCAAAUUUUCGUUUCUGUAAUAACAUUCCAAUUAGGUUUUUGGGUUGAUUUUAAGUGAUUUUUUUCUCUUUAGAAAAUGUAAGAUUUUAUACAUUUGUGUUGUGUGUUCACCUCUAGUUGAGUGUGUUAACAAGCCAUGCUGGACAUGUACACAUUAAAAAUUGCUCUCAGAAAUCUUCAA